CCGAAACCGAGCGAGCCAGGGCGAGGCGCAAACCCCACACUCUCAGCAAUCCCAUAAUCCUAUUGAUUCUUCUUCGCCGUUACUCGCCUUCCCCGAACCAUGACGGCGGUCAUGUCGCCCGGCUCGUCUCCUGCGACUUCGCCGCCCGCCAUCUCAUCUCCUGCUCCAAACGCGGCGCAUCCCGCUCUUCCCCCGCUCAUUACCUCGCCGCCCGCUCGCAGGAGCAACCUGCCGCGCCCUAUGUCGCACGUCUCUAGGAACCGCUUGUCGCAGUACUCGACGGCGAGCUCCAUCCCCUCGAGGUCGCGCCCUGCCUCGCACAUCUUUCCGAUUUACCCGUCGAGCCUGCCCUACACACUCGUGCGAGACUUUGCUUACCCGGCGUCACAUCCCAUGCACUAUGGGCCCCCGCCGGAACCCUCACGACCCCCGUCGGGCAUGUUCGCCCUAGGGAGCGAGCAACAACGCCUGUCUGAUUUGCCGGCGUGGGAUACCGGGACGAAUUGGGACAGUCACUCGUGGAGCCGCGCCUUUGCCAACCGGCCCGCCGACUUGCCCGCGAUCCACUUUGGCGACGGUCCGCCGUGGAGCGAGGACGAGGACCUGCAGAGCCCCGUCGUUAGCUCAAGACAUAAGAAGCACAAGAGCGCGUCGGGCGGCACAUAUACAAAGAGCCGGGUCAGCCGCGACGCCCAUGCCGAACCACAGAGUUUUGAUGGCGACCGGGGAUAUUACGUCGGCACCAGCAACGACGGCAGUGAGCGGUACUAUGUGAACCAAGGCAACGAGGCCAACGGGCCUGGCGGCGAGUACGUCACAUACCCCCCGGACGAAGCCCGCCACGGCGGCAACGCAUAUCAGUUAGCGAGCCACCAGCCCCGGCAGUUUGGCGAAGCCGGUGACUUCGGUUCGGACGAUUCGAGCGCGUGCUCGUCUCCCACCUUCCGCAACGUGGACGAGUCUCGCUACUCGAGAGACUACCAGUUCACAAUUACGUCGCCAGACGAAGAGAUGCACGGGAAAGCCGUUGCGCUUUUCGACUUCGAGCGGGAGAACGAGAGUGAGCUGCCGCUGGUAGAAGGCCAGAUCAUCUGGGUGUCCUACCGAUACGGUCAAGGCUGGUUGGUAGCUGAAGACCCCAAGACGCAAGAAAGUGGCCUUGUGCCCGAAGAAUACGUGCGCCUGCUGCGCGACAUCGAAGGUGGCUUGAACAGCCUGGCUGGCAACCUAAUCACUGGCGACGCCAGCCCCGCCAGCCCAAGCAACGACGUCGGCACGCCCACACAGGCCGAACACUUGCCCGCUCAGCAGCAGAAGCAGCAGCAGCAGCAACAGCAACAGCAACAGCAACAGCAGCAGCAGCAGAUGCCUCACUCGCCGGCCAUAACCACGGCGAGCGGGUCGUCAACGGCAACAAACAACACAGCAUCGUCGACUAGUAAUACCGCAACAACCAAUGGCUACCACCAGCCUGUCCUCUCUACCUUUUCCACAUCGAGCAAGGACCUCGAUCCCUACCCGCAGCAUCUGCUUGGCACCCAGGCCGGCCAGCCCCCACCGCAGGUCGUCCAUUAUCAUGGGCAAAGAGGCGGCAGCCAAGCCAACACCCCGACACUGGCCAUCCAUCAAGGGUUCGGAUCCAGGCGGGCCAGCCAGGACACGACGUCUACCACGGCCGCAGGCGGUGCAAAAAAGGGCGAUGCGGCAGUCAGUGGCUUGGAGACACUCCCCGAUGCGAAGCUGGAGAGGUCGGGGUCCGGGGCCGGGUUGCCGAAGAAGAGGGAGUCCAGGUGAUACGUCUGGAGGAAGCAGCAGGGGGGAAAGAGAGGGGAGUAAGGCCUCGAAGAGGAGAAACAACAAGGGGAGGCAUGUUCAACGGAGCAUACUUAUCGGA